AUGGCAAAAAAGAACGAAAGAAACAGAGAAAGACUGAAUUCAGGGAAUUCUAAGAAACACAAGCUGCUUUUUAAGUUUGCAUUUUCAUUUCUCUGGAUCCUUUUAGCUGCCGCGUUAAUCGGAGUGUUAGCAAAGCACGACUUUCUACCUCGUUUUACUGAGCAUGCGCGAGAGCUCUCCAAACACCGCACCAGAGGGGAGGAGACAAAGUUUCACUUUGUCGAGAGCAUUGAGAACUUUCCUCACCAAGACGAACGUCUUCCAAAGGACUUAAAACCGCUCAGAUAUAAACUAGAUUUACGAGUGAAUUUAACAACUCUACGAUAUGGCGGAACUGUUACCAUUGAAAUUAUUUGUAAGAAUAAAACACGCUUUGUUAUUCUCCAUUCUGCAGAGCUAGACAUACUAAACGUGUCUAUAGAAAAAAGAAGGCAACCUCCAGAGAAUAAAAUAGCCAUAGAAAGAAUUCUUGGCUUCAAGAAAAAUCAGCAGCUCUGUAUUGAGCUACGAGAACACCUUCGUAUAGGGGUAGUGUACUUCCUUAGUUUGAAGUUCAAGUCGAAGAUUUCCGACACACUUGUAGGAUUUUACAAGAGUUCGUAUUCUACUGAAAAUGGGGAAAAAAGGUAAGCGAGUAGUUAUUAACCAUAGCCCACUAGUGCCACAAGCAUCUAUAUCUAUCUGCUUUGAUACCAAUUUCCUGUAAACUAGAUAUAGAGGUCACACUGUACUGAAGACAGUUGUUGUGUCUUAGAAAGGCGUCUAGCUAGUUUUGCAAAAAAGGAAGAACAUGCGGAACUGAUUUUUGGUGUCCAUUAUAGAAAGGUGAAUAAAUAUUACGGGGUUUGACUAUACAUUUAAGAAAGCGGCAAAUGAUUAUCAUAGAUCGCUCGUUCCCAUUUCUUUUUUCAUUGGAGGGAAAGAGAAGGUAAAGAGAUAAGAGAAUCCCUGGGUGCGAGGUUAUCACAUGACUUAAUUUUUGGAGUAUUUUAUCCCCAUUGGUACCAUUCGAAUUGUAUGGAAAGAAUGUGCUGCCCCUUGAUAAGAAUAGGUGAACAAAGGCCAAACAUAAAAGAAAGAUCGUAAUUUAUUCACAAGCGAUAGUGUAAGCCGACAUUAUGACGUCCCAAGGUAUAGUGGGAAUAUUUUCACUAUAUCCGGGGUAUAUUUAUCCGUGAUCACCGCUGUUGGAGACGUGUAUAGUACUAUCCACUGGUAGCGAUUUAUCUGGUGGAUAGGACUACCAUGUAAAUGAACUCAACUUUGGAAGAUCCAGGGCCUGUUCAAUACAAUUUAUUCAAAGAGGGGAGAAAGAACGGUCACUCGUUAUAACGGUGUGUUCGCAGGAGCCCUUAUUUCGCGGCUCGUCAUGGUUGUCACGAGCGUCAUAUGGGGAUUUCGUCGUACUAGGGCGUACGUCCAACUAGUGACAUAUAUAGCCAUUCCUCAGCACUGGAGGUAGCCUGCCACGCAGACGUUUUUAGGGGUUUUGUGAUUGGGCGACGAGGCAAAAGAACGCCUGCAGGGAGGCUACACUGGAUGAAGAUCUGUUAGAUUUUCUAGUAAACUGUGAGGUCACCACCAACCAAACCACAGCUUAAAAGGAAUAGGAGGGUAGCAGGAGGCAGCAUGCCGAGCGAUUGAAGCGCUGGAAUAUUAAUCCGGGGUCCCUGAUUCCAACUCCUCACUCACGCUUGACAACAGCAAACUAGUUUACCACCGGCCAGUAGAGAUUCUUAACUUUUUCGCCCACGAUAAAAACUACUAGCUUAACAGUAACUGUGUUACCCCUGCAAUGUGAGGAUUUUUUGGAGGUAUGAUGGAGCAAUCAAGACAUGAAUUAACCUAUUGUAGGCCUUUGAUUCGACCUAGUAUGCCGGAACAGUGAAGUUAUGGGACAGUCAUAUAAACUACUACAAUCAUUGAGUCUUCUGGUUUUUAUUUUUAUUUUAAUCUUAACAGGACAGUAGCUGUGACUUAUUUUGAGCCCGCUCAUGCCAGGAAGGUGUUUCCGUGUUUUGACGAGCCCCUUUUUAAAGCGUCCUUCAACAUCUCUAUAAUUCAUGACCCUGAGCCGUAUUACGCCCUGUCCAAUAUGCCGCGGGUCCGGUGUGUCGUCAGGAAAGAUGGACUUGUGGAAACACAUUUCGCCCCCAGUGUCAACAUGAGCUCGUAUCUUGUGGCGUUCGCAGUAAUGGACUUCAAAUACAAAGAAAGCAAGACUGACUCUGGAGUUUUGGUAAGUUGUCUUGUGGCGAGCAAAGCGUUUAUUUGGAUGGUCUGGCAACAAUGGUUGUAUUUACACUAAAGGGCGUAUAAGACGUGUAAAACGACUCAUCUUGACUGCAAGCAAGCUCUUCAUUUGAGCGGCGAGCGUCGCAAGUUCUUGAGAGAGAAAGCUCGAGCGAGCAGCUAAUUAAGAGCAAAGCAAGAGACCAGGGCCUAGAGACCAGAUCGAUGGCAUACCUCAUAGAAGUGUUUUAUGAAUUAGCUGUAGUUCUGCACCAGUGUUUCAUAUUAUGGGACUUUCCAUGCUAAAAUAUUUGAACGCAAUAAUUUCUUUACGGGCUCCUAUAUACAACUUAAAAACCCAAAAACGUUUUAAAAGGUUUGGUUCUCAUACACUGACUUGUAUUUGCUACCCUUAACAACAGGUUCGCGUCUAUGCCCCACCCAUCGACUAUGGACGUUUGGAUUAUGCUCUUGAGGUUGCUGUCAAGUUAUUGUCUCAGUUUGAAAAACUUUUUGGGGAACCUUUCCCCCUUCCUAAACUUGGUGAGUAUUCCUUUAAAAGCCAAGCUGUGUCGGUUCGCGCGGAGCAUUGAAAUCCUGGAGAAUCUUGGUAUGCUUUGAUUUCACUUUUUAGGUGUUUACACAAAAUGACUCAAAAUUGUUGCCUGUUUCCUUCUCGAACUGAGUAUAAACAAUACCAGGAAAUACUCUUAUCUAGUGCAGUACUUGUAGGUUGAAAACUUGACCUCUCACUUCAGUCAAUAACGCAUGCCCAGUAAACAAUUUCGAUUUCCGUACCAGACGUUACUGACCAUGAUUUCGGGCAAUAAAUAAAAACGAGAUUUUGCAUCUCACAGUACAGACCAAAAAACACGCGGUUAAUAAGAUAUUUACUAAAGUUAAAAUUAUUUCAGGUUCCUGAUUAUGAUCUAUGUCUCAUCUAUAUAUUAUCUAUAUGGAUGGUUUGAGUCAGGCACAAAAAACCUUAAUACAGUUUUUAGAGACAGUAGGUUAGCACCAUAAUGAAAUUGUUAGAGACAAGAAUGAUCAAUAUUCUUGAUAUUGUUGUCAUCGCCCUAUGCUUUCAGAUCUGCUUGCUGUACCGGAUUUCCUUAUGGGUGCCAUGGAGAACUGGGGACUAGUGUUGUUCAGGCGAGUCCAUCUUGUGUAUGAUGACAGGUUUUCCUCAACUGACACUAAACUUUCCGUGACCAAAGUCAUAGCACAUGAGCUGGCGCAUCAGGUGAUUAUAUUCAGUAUCUGUUAGCCUUUAUACAUAUAAAGGAUAAUUUGUUCAGAGCUAGCCUAAGCAGCCCCUGGCCUAAGAUUUUAAUUGUCUCAAUAAGUAUAGAAAUUGCUUGAGAACUUUUAACAACUUUUUCCCUCAAUGAAAUUUAAUGUGUUUCGAUCUUGAUCAGCGGUGCAGAGCUCUUUGUGAAACAUGCGUGUUUCAUACGUCGUUGCGUGGUUGCGUCAACAGAGAUUUGCAUGACUUAAUGUUGUUUUCGCGUAUUCUCACAAAUAGACACCCCAGAAAGCCUCAUUGUACAUUUUUUCUAGCCUGCAGUGCAGGCGUUUUCUUUGAGCGCGCAAUUCGCUCACGAAAGCGCCAUGUUGAAACUUCCCGAAGAGAGGAGGAGAUGGGGCGAGUCAACCGUAAGGGUUACUAUUUAUACUCUCCCCAAUCUUCCACUGUCAUAAAAUCAAAGAUAGCGGCUACAACAAUAUUACGAACACGAACAAGGUUUCGCCCACCCAAAAUACGCCUGCACUGCAGGCUACUUUUUUCUUUUCUUUUUUUUUCACUAGAAAAGUAGGCACUGCUAUCUUUAUCGAAGGAGGUUAAACCCUCUCCCGAUUGCAUAAUGAUAAAACCUCUAACAUUUGAUAACUUGUUGCCACCACUGAAGACGGCUAUCAUGUUUUCCCGCCAAAAUGAAGCUGGGUCAAGCGUGAGCACUACUUAGUACCACUUAGUAUUGAGAAAAUAUCGUACGCGUAAUCUUCCUCGUCUUAAGAUCUAAAGUUCUCUAUUUAAACUGUUAAGAAAGACAGCUCUCAGAGGACCCUCUCUAGCUGUCCUUUUGCUCUUUUUUUCUUAGUGGUUUGGUAACCUGGUAACCAUGCGAUGGUGGAAUGACUUGUGGUUAAACGAAGGAUUUGCCAUGUUUCUGGAAGAUGAAUUUGGAGUGAAACCUGGAUUCAAUGGAUGGAACACGGUAAUGAUACUGCCAUGUUAUUGUAUAGACCGUGCUACGUGGCAAUGGCAAGACUUUUUUUUCAAACGCGUACGUCGUGCUAAUGCCGUGCUCACAAAUUUGCACGGCAGAAGAACAAGCUUUGAAACAGGCCAUAGACUGUGUCAUGUACAGUUGCGGGCUGCAGUAAACUAAAACCAAAAACGACCAUGGUAACACAAAAUAACCAUCAUGUUGAUGAUAAUUCAUUACUAGGGAAUUCAAUAAACUUAAUGCAAAAGACGCGAACGACUUCGUAAAUGCUAAAAAACCAUGUCAGAAAGAAACUUCGGUUAGCAGGGUACGUAAUGUUAUACACCUGAAAAAUAUUUUUUUGUCGGAAUUUGAAUUAUGAACGCAAGCCUUGGGCAUGGCCUUGGACCAUAAAGGAAAAAGGUUUAAAAGACCGUACUGUGUGUUAUUUUUCAGCGUGAAAGAGUUGUUGCCACAAGCUGGCUAAAUGGGUUACAAGCUGACUCAGCAUGGACCUCUCAUCCAAUCAGUGUACAGGUUCAUAGACCUGAAGAGAUUGAUGACAUAUUUGAUACCAUCUCCUAUCAGAAGGUAAUCAGGAAACAUUCUUCCUUAUUAUACCAAAAGAGGAUUAGCCUGUCUUGAUUAUACUUAAGGGCAAUACCAAGAGCAGGGGUCAAGAGGAUAUUUCUGUUUUGGGUCUGUUCCGUGCUAAAGUCAUUAUUACUAAUGUUAUGAAAAACAUAUCAAACAAAUUUCACCAACGAACACCAAUAACUAUAGGUGGUUUUCAUGCAAUCUCGGGAGACACAAAUAACAAAGGUGAAAUGAACAAAUGCUGGUGGACAAACAAAACGAGCUAAUGAGCAAUCUUUUGUUUACCGUCCACCAGCAUGGCGGCGAUGACGUAACGUGAAAACCACCUAUAAAAAUGUUUUGGUGAAUUUUGCAGGCAUACACACUGUAGCAUUAAAGCUUGAAAAAGUUUCAAUGCACGUUCAUCCUUGCCAUCCGUAGCAAAAGACGGCAGGAAACAGUUUCAAUACAUAAUUAUAGUCUUAAAUAGAAAAAAAACUGGACCAUUAUUAGCUAUUAUUUUUGGGAUUCAGUUGAUGCAAAGAUAACUUGUAGUAUUUUAAAAAGAACACAAAUAGCGGGACAUAACCCCUUUAAGUCAACCUCAGGGUGACAUGCUUAAUAUACACUCCUGAAAUGGCAAAGCGUAUUACUUACUGUUUCCCUUGCCGACAUACAAGUCCACCACUAGCACUGCAAUCUGCUUUUUGUAGUUAGUACUGAAGUUAGUAGAAUGGAUCAGGUGUAGUAUUUCGACUAGGUGAGUGUAGUCCGGAAGAGCACUUUAAAGACAGUGUCUAUUGUGCUGAUUACAUAAUACUAUAAUCUUGAUUGUGACUUGACCGGUAAUAAAGUAGCGAUGUUAUUGACUCAUGCGUUAAUCCGGAAUGUUGUUGGCUAAUAUUGACGCACGCCUUAAGAGACGUUGCCGAAGUUGUUUCUGACUUGAUGUUCUGCUGUAAUGCUUUCUAGGCAGCCAUGAUUUUAAGAAUGCUCAAGAACUUUCUCGGCGAAGUAAGAUUCAUGAAUGGAAUCAAGGUAAUCAAUAGCAUCAAUGAAAAUAGGUGACAUUUUUGGUCAUCGAUUAGUCAUCGAUCACCCAUUGAUCAUCGCACAAUAAUUAGUGACUAGUCCGUUUACUACUCUAUGAUUAACGAUCGAUUACUCAUUGAUGUCACUGAUCAUCGAUUAGUUACGUCUGGCAAUCUGGGAUGCUAAGUUGCUGAAGUGGUUUAUUUUAUUUUCGCAGCGCUACGUACAGGUUCAUAAAUAUAGAAACGCAAAUGCAGAAGAAUUGUGGGAUGCCAUUGGCGAGGUAAUUAUUUCUUAAAAACCCGCUUUUACUCGCGAGUAUCGUUAAAGCCGACACAACGCACGCACAUAGUCAACGACCCCUCAGGGCUAAGAAAGAAAAUAUGAAGCAUUGCGAGCAAGCUACAGUUUAUAGCUUUGAUUUUACUCCUGAUCCUGAAUAUUGAAACUGAGUGAAAAGAGAUUUCCACCAGGGCAAGUCGUUUUUUUGGUGUUUAUUCAUUGGAGAGUAUUGAUCAAUCCAUGCAGAGAGUAGCACCACUAUGAUUCCCAUUUUGACCGAAGAAAUGGAGGGCUGUAUAAUGGUAAAAUUUUCACAACUUUUUGUCGCGGUCUUGUUUGUUUUUGUUAAUAAAUAGCUAAAAUUCGAACUGUUCAUGGAAAAGUCUGCUAUGUUGACUAAGAAAUCGAUGUUUUAUUGUGAAUCUUGUUCGUAUCAUAAUUUCACAUUUACUGAGUACUGACGUGUUUAAGAGAUUUCAGUUAUAUUGGAGAUUUGCUAACAGUCCUGUCACAUGCACUACACUGUGUUCUUACAGAUGCCGUUAAACACUAACAAGUCGUCUUGUAAUGUUUGUAGGCAAAUGGGAAUAUGAAUAUCCGGGAAAUGAUGAAAGUUUGGACAGACCAAAAAGGCUUUCCGAUCGUCAGUAUUCGAAAGCGAGGAGACUCAUUUGUAAUCGAGCACGAGGAUUUUCUGGAUAAAAUCAGACUGAAGCGGGACAAAGAGAAAAAUCCAGCUGUUCGGUAAUCAUAAGUAAAGGGUUUAUAGUCUGUUUUUUGUUGUCGUUUUGGUUUGUUUAUUUGUUUAGAGUUUUAGUUUCUUUUCAGAUCCCGGUAAGUUAGAUUGGUCGACAUUCUGAUUCUUUAAAAAAGGUUAUUUUGAGUUCUCAAAUUAUAAAAACGACAAAUUAAUGACUGACGCUCAGUUCAUAAUUGAUUCUAUAUGGGAUUAGUACAAAUAAAUAUCUUGAAAGUCCAGUAGUAGGUUAAAAGCACUUGCACCAUAUACUCUACCCAUUCGGUAACGAGUCCCGCCAAUAGUUAAUUUUCUGGCAGGCGAGCGAUCGGUUUUUACUGUGUUUCAUUGAAAAAGUGAUCAAUAGAUCGGGCACGCAGUGGAGAGAGGAGGAGGCAGUCUCCUUGGCAGCUGUACAGGCAACGCGACUCUGGAAGAAAUUGCGUACGUUUAGGUACGGGUAAGGGGGAGAAACUCGACCGUCUCCCCUGUCUUCCUCCCUUCUUUGGCUCCUGUGACUCGUGCAUCACAAGUGCUCGCACGUCCCCCCCCCCUCCCUCCCCAGAAAACGCCUUUUUCCGACUGUUUACGUCUAUAGUAACGUCUAGUUAGGGAACUACCUUCUUCAUCUUUAAUCAUCCAGUUUUGUUUACGCUCUGCGCUUCGUAUGGAUCAUAAUUAUGAUAAUUUAUAGUAUGCGAGAUGCUCUGUAGCUAGGUUCUUUUUUCGGUUUGAGGCAUUCGUGGCCGUUUGCCAGAAAAAAAAAUUUUCCCUUUUUUUCAUUCCCUUGUAAUAUGAUACCUAUUUUUCGGGGGGGGCACAACAUAUUUAUUGUACCAAGCUCACGCUUACUGUAGCCUAUAACAAUAAUCCAAUCAUAAAUAAUAUACCUGAUAAAAUACACAAAGACAUAACUUAUUAAGUAAUGUUUUGAAUCAAAAUGUCAACAAGACAAAAUGAACAAGGCUCGCAACAUUCGCUAUAAGGGCUCUGUUAGACGGGAAGAUUCCUUGUUUUAAAUAUUUCGAAUGUUUUAAAAUAUGAACAAACCAAAAAUAUUCUUAACUCUCUCUCAACCUGAGGUGCGUGCUCUAAGAAUUUUCUUAAAAAGGUUUUUUACAAUAAAAAGUACUGUAUUCUGCUACUUUUCAUCGACGCGCAUUACGUAUCAAAUUUCCUACCUAUUCUUGUCCCGUCAGUCGCUAAAAAAACUCGCCGUUGUCGAGAGGUUGUUUUGGCAGACGCGCUUUAGUGGCCGUUGCCGUUCUCGAUAGGUUUCAACAAGAGCCAAAGUACAGAUCGUGUCCACCGCGACAAAAAAAAAUUGGCCGUUGUAGAGGGGGGGCGGGGGGCCGUUGUGGGGAGGUGGCGGUUAGUGGAGGUUCGACUGUACCUCUAUAACGUUUGUGACCAGAAACGUUUUUAAAAAAAUUCUAACGAGUCAAAGUUAAUGAAAUUUCUCGUGAUCUCGCAAAUCAUGAUCUCGUGAGAAAAAAAGAUCUACACUGAACUAAUAGGUCGCACUAGUGUAGUCAACAUUCUCGGAAAUCGAGAACAGUUGGCAACCAUUCUUAGAAUGCGGACAACGUCAAAACAUGUCAAAGUAACACGUUAUUAUUGGUUGAUACCAAACCCUGAAUAUAAUAUUAUGUCCUGGAUCAUCGGACUGUAUUGAAGCGUGACCUCAAUAGCUGAUUGCCUUCCUCAUUUCAUCUGCUCUGAUAUCUUGACAAUGGAUAUAAAGACCUUGCUAGGUAAUCUUCAUGAAGAAUUGUCUUGUUCUUUAUGUAAGUGUUCGUUCACUGAACCAAAGCAGUUGCCUUGCUUGCACAACUUUUGCCUUCCCUGCUUAAACGGGGUUCAACGAGCUCGUCUCAGCACUGAACUAAACCGGAUUACGUGCCCUGAAUGUAGACAGGAAUUCAGAGUCCCUGAAAAUGGAAACCUCGGAGCGUUUCCUACAAACUUUCGUAUCAGCAGCCUGCUCGACGUUUUGGCCAGGAAGGAGUAUCAUGCGACCGGUGCUAGGUGUGGAAAUUGCGACAAAAAGAGUGUACACAGUUCUUAUUGUUUCCAGUGCCGUGAAAUUUGGUGCGACUACUGCAUCAUUUUUCAUGACGGCAUCAAAUCUAAUAAAGAACACCAUGCGCUGGCACUGAAAGACUUUGAAAAUCACGACUUUGAGAUCAAAAAACGGUCAGCGUUUUGCGGAAACCCAGGCCAUGUACACAAGGAAUUUUGCAAGAGUUGCGAAGUUGUCAUUUGCUAUUCGUGUAUCGCAGCGCUUAACAAAUUGUGUACAGCCCAGGCGCCUCGUUCGGACGAAAGUGAAAAUGAUCACAACUUACAUCUUAAAGCUGUUAUUAAAUCACAGAAUCAAAGAGUGCUUCAAAAGAGGGAAAGAAUUAAAGAAAUUCAGGCUAGAUGUGCAAACAUUCAAACCCAGGUAGACAGAGUUAAAAGUGGUGCACAGAUUUUUGUUGACAGCAUGAUCGCCAUCCUUGAGGCUAAAAAGCAGGAAUUGUUCAAUGACGUGGAAAAGAAAGCAAAAGAAUCUCUACAUCUCCUAAGAACCCAACAAAGCGAGCUUGAAAGUCAAGAAGAAGUGAUUAAGACAGCAAUCCAGAAAACUAAACAACUUUUGAAAAAAACAAAUGACGAGAUCGCAAAAUUUGGCACCAACGGGAUCUUCCAAGGACUAGACUACAUUGAUGGAGAAGAAGUCAACUGUGACCUUGAAAAGAUUUAUCACAUUGUUUUUAUACAAAACGAAAUGUUAAUGGACAAAGUGAAAUCCGAAGGAAUUGGAUCAUUCAGAAGUUUCCUAAGCAACACUGUAGCGCAACGAUCAAGCGCCGAGGGCGAAGGAAUCAAAGAAGCAAUUGUUGGUCUUGAAGCACAGAUUGUUGUAACAACAAGAACUGCCGAAGGAGUUCAGAGCUAUGAAGAGCAUGACUUUGUAAAAGUGGAAAUCAGAAACCGGCAAGGACAUACUUGCGCCACGAAAACACAAGUCGAGGACAACGGAGAUGGUGCUUAUAAGAUCACCUACUUUGCCAGAGAAACUGGGAAAUGCGCGGUAUCAGUGAAGGUGAAUGGAGACGAUGUUCAUGGCAGCCCUUUCGAGGUUCAAGUCAGAGCCAGGCAGUUCAAACAUGUAUCAAGUUUUGGUCUACCAGGACCGUCUUUAGGAAGAUGUAAUUAUCCCUGGGGGUUUGCAGUGAAUGGACGAAGUGAACUAGUAGUGACUCAUAGGCUAAAUCAUAGGGUGCAGAUUUUCCGUAGUGAUGGGUCCUGUUUAAGAGCUUUUGGAAGCAAGGGAGAUCAAGAGGGACAAUUUAAUAAACCUACCGGGGUUGCUUUUCAUAAUGAUAAGAUUUUAGUAGCCGAUUGUAAUAACCACCGAGUUCAAGUCUUUAGCGCUCAGGGUGAAUUUCUCUGCCAGUUUGGAGGCGAAGGUAAUCUUAAUGACCAGCUUAACCUUCCUCUGGGUUUAUCAGUAGACUAUGAAGGCAAUCUUAUAAUUGCUGAUGCUGGUAACAAAUCAGUUAAGGUAUUUUCUACUAGGGGUCGGUUUUUGCGGAAAAUCGGAACAGCACACUCGUUCACCUUUCCCUUCCAUUGUAUUCAACAUGAUAACCAUCUUGUAGUGUCAGACUUUGGUGAAAAUUGUGUUAAAGUUUUUAAUCAGGCGGGAGAGUUUAUGUAUAAAUUUGGCAAGCCGGGGAAGAAAGACGGGGAGUUCAAUGGACCCAGUUGCCUAUCAGUGAGCAAAGCAGGACAACUGAUUGUCUGUGAUUCACAAAACUACAGAGUGCAGAUUUUCGAAAUGAGUGGAAAGUUUGUAUCUAAGUUUGGAUGCUAUGAUAGCGGAAAGGGAAUUUUUAAUGAACUAGUUUCUACAGCAGUCCUUAGCGAUGGUAAAAUAGCCGUGUCUGACUUCUUCAACCACCGUGUCCAGAUAUUUGAGUGAAGGCAAACAAAUUCAGAAUCGGUAAUAUAAUAACUUGCAAUAUUUUGAUGGAAAACGAAAAAUAUUUACAUUGAUCUUAAGGUUUUACGGUUAUGGUUGUAAAACGUGAUUACAGCUAUAUUAAAAGAACAAACUGCUUCGGAGUUUCUUAGGAUAGUUAACUUGAAUUUUCAAGAGAGACACUUGGAUUUUCAACAAGAAUCAAUUACCAGUAAUAUUUUUGCAAUUUUAGUAGCAAAUAAAUCAUAGACAUUGACUGGCUAUCUGUAAGUGAAUUGUAAAUUGUAGCUAAAUGGUUUUGAACAAUAAGUGCCAGUAUGUGUGUAAAUAAAUUAGAAAGUUUCAGUGUUUUGGUGAAAAUGCACCCUGAGGAAUUUAUUUGGGGUAUGGAUCGAGGUUUGUUCGAACAAGUGCCAAGCACUUUUUUUCCUUAAGAAAAUAUUGCUUGGCGUAAAUUACCUUUUUCUGUCUAUAUUAUUUAAGCUUUCAUUGUCAAAAGCGUAACUUUGCUUUUGCUGUUCAUGUUCUGAGGACAUUUAGGAAACUGCAACUUUCCAAGCUCGCUACAUAAAUGCUGUCGGCUCUCCGCUAAAAUUGGAAUUAGGAAGAAGGCCUAGCCGGUCAGCGACUAAAUUUCAGAGGGUGUACCCUUUUCUUGCUUAAAAACAAAUUAAGAAGGCGACAGCCACGCCAUCGUCACAAAUAAACUUGCUUGCAGGUCAUAGAAUAGGGAGCCCAGGCGUCCUUAAAAGUCCUGUUGGUUGCAGAAUAUAAGGAUUUGUAUGGAAGUUUAAAUUCGCUGGUCUUAAAAAGAGGAUAAAUUAAAAGAAAAAAUGAAAAGUGACUCGAUUAAAGUUCAUCUACCUUAGGAAAUGUUGUUUAUGCGACAAUUCUUUGCUACGUACCUUGCAGCGUUGAGAUGUAGGUCACACCGUUUUGAAUACUACAAUUCAGAAACAGAGAGGAUCGAAAUAGCAAAUCACGACCGACCGUCGUGGUACAUCUACGCAAAUAUAAUGGUACUGCCGAAGUAACUAGUCGGUCUAAUCACCUGGCCCCAGUUGUUCGAAAGGUGGAUGACACUAUCCACCGGAUAAAUUUCUAUCCGGUGCGGGAUAACGCAAUUAGUUUCCCUAAUAUUUAUCCGCUGGAUACUACCGCGCUAUCCAACAUUUGAACAACCGGGUUCUUCAGGCCCCGGUGUUCACACUAGCAUGCAGUAAGUAGUAAAGAAGACGCGAUUUACAUCUCAAGUGACUACAUGGUAAGAUAACUUAAAAAUUCUCUUUAUUAUAGACCUUUCCUGCAUUCCUGUGAAGAAAGGCGCUGAUUCGAGGCUCUGGUGCACAAAAUUCAGUGACUUGAAUGAAAUUGUGCACCCGAGCCUUGAUCUGAUUCCUUUGUGUUAGUUGUUCACUGGAUCGGAAUGCUGGAAGGUCUAUUGUAUCUAUUUAUUGUCUUUUUAUUAACAUACUUGGGCUGUAUCUUCCUAGGAAGAGGUGGUUUGUUCCUCUGUCGUACAUUAUCCAGUCUCAUCAGAAACCACGUUGGGUUUCAAUACAUCCCAAUGGAAGUAAGUUUUCUGUAAAUGCUUACUUAAAAUAGAUGGGUGAAAUUCCUUCAUAAGUUGCAAAUAAUAUAAUUAUAAUAAUAUUAAAAAGGUUGAGUUUGAUCGUCCGGGUGAACGUAGUCCUGAAUAGGACUGUUGUUGAAAUGACUCCAGGGUUCAAACCUCUCACUAUAAUAAUAUUGAUGCUAUUGUCAGGUGCGCAAAAUGAAUGCGCAAAACUGAAAUGUGUUACACAGUCGAACCUCUCUAAUACGGACACCGAAGGGACAGAGCGAAGUGUCCGUAUUAGAGAGGUCACCAUGAUGACGUCACUUUUAAGACCCCACUGACAGGUUAGAGUGUUCAUUCAUUGAAUGGACAAUGAAACAGUCUGAAUUACGCCUUUCGUUUCUAAUUGUCGAUUGCUACAGUUGUAUAGAACAGCACUCACUACAGAAAUACGUAUUGAAUUGGCUAUUGCCACAGUAUUUUCGAUUACUAUAUCUGCAAUUAUAAAUGUAAGUUUUGAAAACUAACAUUUUGAUAUGUUCUGGUAUUGGUACUGCUGACUGAUAAAGUGUCAAAUGUUUGUGUAACCACCGCCCGGAAAUGGUACAUACCGCAAAUUAUCGACACCUGGUCCCCGGAGUGUCCGUAAUAAAGACGUUAAGUUUCUAUGAAUUUGCUCCCAAGGGCUGAGAUUUUGCGACCGUUGUCCGUAUUAGAGAGGGUCCGUAUUAUAGAGGUUAUUGUAAGAGGAAAUGUAUGAGAAUUAUGUCGGUACACAGGAAACUGUCCGUAUUGGAGAGGUGUCCGUCUGAGAAACUUGUCCGUAUGGAAAGGUGUCCUUAUAGAGAGGUGUCCGUAUGGGGAGGUGUCCGUAUGAAGAGGUGUCCUCAUGGAGAGGUGUCCGUAUGGAGAGGUGGCCGUACUAGAGAGGUGUCCGUAUAGAGAGGUGUCCGUAUUGGGGAGGUGUCCGUAUGGAGAGGUGUCCGUACUAGAGAGGUGUCCUUAUAGAGAGGUGUCCGUAUUGGGGAGGUGUCCGUAUGGAGAGGUGUCCGUAUGGAAAGGUGUCCGUAUUAGAGAGGUGUCCGUAUGGAGAGGUGUCCGUAUUAGAGAGGUGUCCGUGUGGAGAGGUGUCCGUAUUAGAGAGGUGUCCAUAUGGAGAGGUUCGACUGUACCGUCCUUGAAAGUUAUUUGAGUUCAUGGGGUUCUAUUGAACCUUACGCUUUUAAGACAAGCUUAAUUAAUUUGUGGAUUCUUUGAUUGAACAGAAUACCACUCUCUAAAAGAUUCUUCCACUAAAUCCUGGAUCAUGGCAAAUAUCAACGCAACUGGAUUCUUUUUGGUUAAUUAUGAUGAGGAAAACUGGUACAAACUUGCCAUGCAGCUCGAGGAGGAUCACGAGGUUACAAUUGCGCUUUUUAUCGGUAGAUAAAUCAUGAGCGGGAGAUUUGCAUGGGUGAUUACAGUGAUGAACAGAAAGCGAGCCAGUGUAAAGCCCAUACAGAUCGGACCCAAAUAUUUUAUCGUACUUGUGAAAUGGAAUAAUCAUUAGAGAUCUGUAUCAAAGGCUAAACGAACACUAAUUAGCUGAGUAGGAAUCUGAAUCGAAAGUGAAUUCUACUUGUUAAUAUUUCAUCAACCCAGGUGAUUAGUAUUGGGGUUUACAGAGGUGGUGUCCAUGUGAUCCAAUUAUUUCAUGUACCUAUUGAUUGGUCAUAUAACACUUUGAUGAAUGGUUAGUGAAUUGCAGUUGAGACCAUUUGAGGAAGUUUACAACGCCGAGCGUGAGGAUGCUGAGAAAUUGUCAAAAUUGCGAAAAGUUCUGUUUUUAUCAAACGUCAAUUGAGGUCACACGAAGGUCCGGCACACUUCCGAAGAUAACCUGAAACGUCCAGAAGUCCGAAUAUUACUUAUUAGUAAAAUCCAACAAGUGGUCUAUUAUCAACGCUGCGUUCUGAUUGGUUGAGCUACUACUAGGCUAUAUGUUAUAGCCCACUAAUAGCAAAAAGCGCGGGCUUUUUGGCGGCAAAAAAGGAUUAAAGUGUAGCUUUAACUAGCUAAACUUUUUUUAUUCUCGAUAUUUUUGACCAACUAGUUGGAUUUUACUUAAACAAUUAUUCCUCUCGCCCUCAUGGCCUCUGAUCUAAGAUAGCUCAUUUUCUCUUGCUCAGAGCCCAUUUGGGCUCGAGGAAUGAUUGUUAAAUAGUAUUUCUUCCGUUAAGUGAGAUUUUUACGUGCUUUCUAUCUAACCUUUUCGGUUAAUUUAUAGAUUUUCAGCCCGUCUGACAGAGCUGUCUUAAUCCACGACGUUUUCACUCUUUCUUGGUAAGUCGACAGGUUAUUUUAUUAACCGAUUCGGGAGCGGAUCAAAGGCCGGUCUUAAGUGUGGUGUUUAUUUUCUCGUGCCGCCUCAUGUCUGUUGUAAUGAUACUCUGACAAAAAUAGGAUCGUUUUCAAAAACAAACGGCCUUAAAACCACGUCCCUACCACCACUGACUGGGCAUUAUCCGCGGUACAUUUACUCAUAUGUAGGUAUGAGUAAAACGCCUGAGGAAGGGGUGUGAUGACAGAUUCUUUUAAUAACAGUCAUUCCAAAAUCGCUGACAGAAAGCCCAAUUUUUUAUGUGUUUUUUCUUAUUCCUUUCAGUCAAGGCCUGUUGGACCCCAUUCUUGCCUUGAACCUUUCUCGGUACCUUGUUAAAGAGUUGCAUCCAGUCCCCUGGGCCGUGGCUAGAAGAUCAGCCAAGUGUCUUUGGGGUGUGUUUAGUAAACCUCAUAAGCGACUGUACAAGGUACAACGACUAUCGUAAGGUUUCAGUUUUUAUGGUGAUACAGUUGUAGGUAGGUUAAGAUUUAUCGAAAGCCUUUUUCUUAAUCUUUUCGUUACAACGUUCCGUUUCCAUGCUCCAAGAAAGCUUAAAAAACGUGAAAUAUACCUGCCUCAUACCUCGAUUUUGGAGGAUUAAGGGCGACCCAGAAAACAAGGUACCUUGGUGGCAACUGGUUCUUUUCGUCAUCAUUUUACUUUCGAAUAUAGGCGCCUGGGUAGUGAAGCAGGAAAUUCACAGGGACUAAGGCUCGACUGAUGUUCAACCUGCCUAGAUGACGGUUUUUUUGGGGAGCGAAAGCUCUAAUGAGCGCCGAGGCCACAACGGGGGAACGAUGAUAAGGCAAUGACUUCCCUGUUCGUUCACCAACAAAACCGACAGUUACGCAGGGUAACACACGCGUGCUCUCCGCUGCUGCUGCUGUACGUGUCUUUAGACCUGACUCGUCUCUCCAGUUGUCUCUGAUUAUUUGCAAGCGGUCGCAGAACGGUCGCGGAAGACUAUUCGGAGAAGGCGACCACGGGAAGGAGUGCCGAAGGGAAAGGAAGAGACUCCCCUUUUCCCUCCUUCUUAACUCCCCAUGCGCGUCUCUGCCAUGUGCUUCCUUCGAAGGAGACAAAAUAAAAACGACAAGAAAUGCGUCAGUUUUGAGACAUUGAUGCUAACAGUGCUUCAAAAAGUUGAGUCUCUAAUCUUAAAAUUGUUUUUUAAAAGAGUUCAAAUACAACUUAAUCCCGAGUGUUUGGAAGAUUUUAGUAGCCUUGACUUUGUAUGGUAAAAAAAUUUAAAGCGGGGCCUCCGCUCAAUGGUAUCUCAGUUACUAACGGAGCGUUUCUGAAAUGAGUUUAUAAAAGAAAUACCUGUCAUCUAACUUAACACAAUUUGCUUCCAUGCAGAAAUUCUUUUGGCAGCUGCAAGACCAUCUCAUUGAUUUCCUUGGCAUUGAAGACACAGGGAACGACCAGGAAAGGUGAGUAGAUAUCAGUUGGCUGAAGCUGUUUCAGCCACUGUAGUUGAGCCUGUGACGAGGCGUUUAAAUAAAGUGUCUCAAUUUAAAAGUGCCUGCAGGGAUGAAUUGUUUCAUGACUGGGAUUAACAAGGUUGUUUGGUUGGUUUUUGUUGCUCUAUUUGCCCUUUUGAUUUGUUUGUCGUCGUUUACUGAAUUAUAUUUACAAGGCUAUUUUGUUUUCUAAGCGAUAUUUCUGAACAUAAUUCAGAUUUCAUAACCUCGUCUUGUUAGCCAGGAAAAGCGUGGAUGGUACGAGGUAUGGUUUAGUUAAUACCACAAUUAGGAAGAUUUAAAACUUAUCGAAAGUCAUCUUUUUUCAGAUCAUUUAGAUACGACGUUUUAUCUGAAGCUAUGAGAAGUGGCCAAAGAAAGGACAUCCAGGAAAUUUUCACUCGCUUGUUUAGCAAACUAAAGAAACAGCCUCUUGGAAGGUACGUGUCGUUAGUCUUACGUCCACGCCAGCUGGAACUAUAAACUGAAAACGACUACGGGUAGAUAAAAUGUUAGUUUUUGUUUGAGCCCGAGGGGCGGGAGGGGAGGGGGGCGGCUCAAUAAAGUUUUUUACCCUGAGGCUCCACCGAGAGGACCAAACCCUUAAAAUUUCCAGUUAUACACGAUUUUUGUCUAAAAAGGUACCCCUAUCGUAUACCAUGCAUUAACAAAUGGAACCCCUAUAGCAUACCUAGUAGUCAUAAUAAAUGUCAAAGCAGGAAUUCUACUUCUCACUUUCGUGUAACGUUUAAUAAAUUAAACAGAUAUGGCGUAUCUUUACGAAAAAAUUUCUAAUUAGAGGCCCUUUUAAAUACCUAAACUAAAAGAUUUCCCUACCCUUUCAAAUACUUCUACUAAUGAAUUUCUUACCCUAUGAUAACCCUAAAGCCUGAAAAGGGGGCCCUUUCAGCCGGAGCCUCCACUUAUAGGCCAUUAUAGAAAGUGCUCUUUCCCCCCGACCCCGAUCCCCCACCCCUCCCCCCGCCAAGGAUCAAGAGUAGAUUAGAAAUUGUUGCCAUGGUGGGGAUGCUGGUGGGAAAAUAUAAGAUAGCCUCUGUUGUUGGCAGUAAUAACGGAAGGUAGCCAAGUAGAAACAACAACAGGUCUCAGUAUUGUUUUACACUUUUUCAUCUGUCCAUUUCCGUGAAAGGGCUGUGAUAUUUACUUCCUCUUUCCAGUGUAAAGAGUGUCGGUGCCAACUUCCGGUAUUUGGCUUUCUCAUUCGGUGUCAAUAAAUCAAGCGAGGAAGACUGGGACUACCUUUGGUCGGUUUACCAAAAGUCUCCUUUUGAUGCUGACAGGAAGUACUUGAUGAACGUUAUUACGUCAUUCGGCUCUAACUGUAUAACAGCAAGGUAAUGUUAGCAAAUAUUUUAUAGAGGGAAAAAAUGAGAAAGACACAUGUCUUGGCGAUGGCCGAGCCGAGGAGCGAUUAAAAUAGAGAACCAGCUUAUAUGACCUGAGAUAAAGGAAUCACUGUGAAAGCUUGGAAGGAUUUAAAUUUAUUUUAGGUUCGAAAUUCCCUCCAAAGCCUGUCUGAAACAAGAAUAGGUUUUAGUUCUAUGGAUAAUAUGCACCCAUCAAUAAAAGAUAUUUUAACAGAGUACAUGUAUUGAAUAAUUUGACCGUUUUAUUCUUACUUUUGGCUUAGUCGACUAGCCAUUGGUUUGUCAAACUAACGUAUUACAAUAGUUCUUCGUAGGUUAAAAGAAUUUUAUCUCUCAAAUACGGAAGGCGGGAAAUUGUAUGUGGGAACUCUUUUCUCCUCUAUAGGAAUCUGCUUUUCAGUUUAGAUGAAAGCAAAGUGCGACCCCAAGACAGCCUUUACUGGAUUGAGCAGGUUAAGCUUGGUCAGGGAAAGACAGAAGCAGUGUGGAAUUUUAUUGUGAAACAUUGGAAAAUACUUGCAAGAAGGUGAGAUUGUAUUCAUUUGCAAUAAUACUUCCGACGAGUGCCUUUAUUCCUUGAAGAAGAAACCGCAUUGACCAAUAAAGCUAACUUACAAGUGUAGCUAAUGCUAUAAUCUCCAAGACUGCCUUCCAACUAUACCCAAUAGCUUUACGUGCAACGGCGUAGUUCCGUAACAAGUCGGUCACGCACAUCGAACAUCAUGCCGGAGCGAUUGCAUGGCCGAGAGGGUUUAGUGAACUAAAUCCCGGUCCUCACUCCUGAAUAUUUACUUCCGUCUCAGUGGAUUCCAGACCACGCUCCUAGCUAUUCACUUCCGCUACGGUCUGAACACCUGUUCACACCGCUCUAAAGUGUGACGCAGCGCCUCUCCGAUAUGUAACGCUCCACUUUCGAAACCGGCGCUGCGCAGCUUCGCUCCGUUACAGAAAUCAAGUCGAAAUCACCGUUCUUAUGUGUGAACAGAAGCCCUAUUCCGGGUAUGGUUUUCAUGCCGACGCGAAAGCUAUCCUGUAUAAAUAGCCCAAAACAAUAGUAAUAUCGGUAAAAGUUUUAUUGCAUUGCCCCCCGUUUAUUUGUUUUAAUUGUUCACAAGGGUACAGUUACUCGAUUUGUACUUUGGAUCUAUCACAAGUAAAACAGCACCUGGUAAAACACGAGUGUUCACUUUAAACAACUAAUGGGUAAAUUACCAUUCUAAAAGGUGGGUUAUUUGAGCUAUAUGAGAACAGUUUUUGUUUGUCAUAUUAGAUAUGGUGGAAGCUAUAAGCUUGGAAACCUCGUCAAAGUAGUGGCAGGAAGCUUUCAAAACUCACACCAGCUCAAUAUGGCAAGUACAUUUUAUAUACUUUUGAUUUUCGUGUAAGGCUCUGAGCCACCAUACAUUACAGAAGAAGUCACAAGUGCAACUUUACAAACAAUUUCUUUAUAAUGGUAACCUAUUUUUGAUUCAGCAAAGGAGUAUGGUUGAGCAGAGCGCUGAAAUUGUAAUCUGGAGGCCCCGAGUAUAAUUCCCGUUUGAGUAGACUACAAAACAGUCGGUUUUUUUCUCAAAAUCAGUAAAGAAAUCGGUAAAGCGUGGCGCAAGAGUCUUACGCGCGCGAAGCGCGCGAGCCUCACACGCCCAUAGGACGUGUUGUUAGGCGUUUAUGUUAGGCGCGUUUAACGUCUCUCCCCAGUCUCGCUCUUUGUUUUCAGCCUCGUUCCAGACCUUUUGUUUGACUGCUCACGCGUAUUUGAAUACGCAAAAAUACGGACUGUUUUGCAGUCUACGGUUUGAGCUGCUAGCCGGAUUUGUUCUCGGUAGCCCUAAGUUUAGGGUCUUUCUGCAGGUACCGUCAUCACAAAGGAAACAAAGGAGCCAACUGGGUUGUAGUGGUUGUAUUGUUUCUUUUGUUGUAAUUAAUCAGGGGCACCCAACGAGAAUAUAGAUCAAAACCACUAAACAUAGCAUUGUUAAACGUAUUUUAGUAUUUAAACGAUAGAUAUAGGAAUAUUUUUAUCCCCUAAAAAUUCUUCAUCUAUUCGGAUUUCCUAGCUGAAAGUCUAGUGAUCCGAUAAUUAUAGGGAUCAAAACUUACCUUUUCGAAAAUUUCAGCCCGAAAAAAGGCUCCCGAAAAUUCUAGGUGACCUUUUUAGGGUAAAAAUCCGUUAAAAAUGGGCAAUUACACCAUUUUUUAGAUGUUCAAAAAUCCUAGGAGAGGCUGGCAAUCAAGAAAUUUUACAACAAGUGUUCCGAAAAUUGUAGAUCUCAAAUCGUCUUCCGAACAGAUACUUUCCGAAAAUUGACGUUGGGUGCCCCUGAUGAAUUUGUGCCUCGGUACCUACAGAAGGUCUAACCAGAGUUUAACUCCUCUGUCACGCUUGUAAAUAGCCAACUAUUGUGUGUCACAAUGGAAACUACUGUUUACCAGUAAUUAUGUUACCCUUAUAUAGACCGUUUUUUUAUUUGAUUCAUUUUAGUACUAGCUGAGUGCAAAAUGCUUAAAAAUUAUGAAAGCAAGUAGAUAUUCAUCAAAGCGCGCUGAUUUAUUUUUGGUAGGUUAAGAGUACUUUCAAGUCUUUUUCUACCGGUGAACUCGCUGUAAGAGCGCAAAAACAAACCCUAGAAAAAAUACGCCGAAAUAUCGCUGGUAAACCAGCGCUUCUAAAGACCAGCGAGAUGCGAAUGGUACGGUGGUUGAAGGAGUACAAACGAACCGGAGUCUAA